AUGGCAGGCUUCCCAUCUCUUCAGCCCGCGUUCACCGUCCGCGUCGACAUCGAUGCGCCGAUGCAAGUCGGAGGCCAGCAUGGCGCGCAGUUGGUUAUCGUCCCGAUGGUAUCGGGUACAGUGAAGAGUGAACCGGGCUUCGAGCCAAAGCUGGAUGGAGAGCUGCACGGUACCGGCUACGACUACAUUCACAACGACGCCGAUGGCGGAAACAUGCGCUUGGACGUCAGGAGUCAGGUCAAGAAUCAUGACGGAACGAUUCUAGCAAUGUACUAUAAGGGCACCGUGAAGCUCACGCCUGGUGUCGGCAAGGUGCUCUCUGGUGCCUCGGAUGCUAAGACCACGGACUACGGCGACUCGUUUGUCAACUUCACUUUCGAGACUGGCAACGAGAAGUACAAAGACCUGCAGAAUGGGACGUAUGUCGCUGCCGGCCAUUUCGUCACAGGCGAGGGAAAGCCUGGUGUUGUGGUGGAGUACAAGGUUAGCAAGGUCGUGUAUAAGGCCUCAUCAGCAAAGAUGAUACCGAAGAAAAAGUACAUACUCGGUGACUUCACCAAGUACGCGACAGGCAGACUUGCGACCCACUCCACCGCCAUAUCUGACAUGGCACUCUACCAAUUCUCCGAGAAGCUGUAUCUGGACGAUAAGCACAACACACAUCGACGCCACAUGCUCCUAGUUGGUCACUAUUCACGCAAAGCCGGCGGCCCGCCAGUAUGGGCAUGCGCUACGGGCGAAAAGAUCUGUUACUAUUCUGGGCCAGGAAAGCAAGUCACUCCAUUGGUGCAGGACAUACAUUCGUCAAAGGUCUAUUAUGAUCCGCCCUUCAGCUAUAUCGGUGGCUCGCACGAUUACAGCAGUCAGAGGCCUGGGAUGAAUCCGGAACGCAAGCUUGAGCGUGCGGUCGUAGACUCCGCUAUCAACUUUAUCUUCUUGCUGAGUGGACGACUAGAGCAGGUCUUCGAUCUUGUGAACCCGCACAUACUUGGCCACUUCAAACUCGCUUGUACAAACUUGGUGCGACAUGACGAGCCUCAUACGGGAAAUGCUUCAUACGAGCAGACCUCGGAGAGUACAGUCUCUGCUUCACCGGCCAAUGGAAGGCUACAUUCUCAUGAACCCAUUGCGUUCGCGGAGCCAACCCUUCAGCUUGCACACCGCAGCAAGAGUACCGCCUCGCCCAUUCUGGGCAAGCGUCAGUUCGUAGACCUCAGCGACGAUCGGACUGGUGAUCUACCAUGUGGUGACGACUAUGAAACCGAGAUCCACGCCAAAUACGAACGAGAGAUACGAGAACUCACAGCUCAGCUUGAGCAGCAGCAAGCGAAGACGGGCGAUGCAAAAGAGAGGCUCAUGCGGGAAAAGACGAAGCGACGCCUGGCACAGGUGGAACGCGAGACAUGGAGGGAAAAGUACAUCGAGCAACAGCGCCUAGCUCAGUCGGCCGCGAAGAGUGUCAAAGAAGAGGAGGAGAGUGAAGAUUGGAAGGCCAUGCUGUUCGAUCAAGAGAAGAAAACUGAGCACUACAAGCUCAAGUACAUUGCUCUGAAGGAAGAGAAAAAGGUUUGGCAGGCGCAAACUGCACAGGAGGGGAGGAAUAAUACCGAACCAGAGCACCUGCACACCAGUCAAGAAACAGACCUCGUACAAGAGCGCGAAGCAGCAGCAGAGCAGCAAGGCGAACGCGUCCAGCGAAACCGCAACACAAAACGGAAUAUGUUCGGAGACAAACAGAAAACCAAGCCUACGAGCUACCGCCCACUGCAAAAAUCUCUGAGUAGGUUCUGGGAGGCAUAUAAGAUACCUGGAGUGCCCAAUCCCCCUCGGAGAAUUGAGAUAUUGCAGGAUUUGGACAAUAUGUACCGUAAACUUUACAAACUUGAGUACGAGAAGGCUAUUGACGUCACAAGAGAUAAAGUAAGAGUGCGACUGUACACCAAGGCAGUUAGGCACAUGGAGCAGAUAUUGAUAAAGGAAUCAUAUGGUAUCCAGAUCAAAGGAAGAGCAGCGGUAGUUGGUUAA